CUUCCACUCGUUCAUUCGUUUGGUUUCCGUGAAGGACUCCUGUCGUCGGCGUCCUCCUCUUCGUCGAUGAAGAUGGAGUGAUGCUGAGCCGUCAGUCAUGCAGCUGCAGCUCGUUGAGGCGUCCAGGAAACGACCGCUGACGAGCUGAGCGGCCCGUCCUCGGGGUGCUUGUUCGGAUUUCACCGUCCUCUUCUUCCCCCUCCUCCUCUUCCUCCUCUGCCACCACUGCUGCCGCCGGGGUCUUUAUGUAACCGCCGCGCGACCACAGACACGCGCUUGCAGGAAGUGAUGUUUGUGUCGGUGUGGUACGCCAAAAAGAUGGGAAGAAGAUUCAUUAACAACGUGAGAAAGGCGAAGAGACACCGACAGAGGAUGAUGAUGAACGGAUCAGAGGGAGAGCUAGAGUAUGAAGAGAUCACGCUGGAGAGGGGGAACUCCGGUCUGGGCUUCAGCAUCGCUGGAGGAACUGACAACCCUCACAUUGGAGAUGACCCGUCCAUCUUCAUCACCAAGAUCAUCCCCGGGGGCGCCGCCUCCCAGGAUGGACGCCUCAGGGUGAAUGAUAGCAUCGUCUUUGUUAACGACGUGGACGUCCGGGAGGUCACUCACUCCUUCGCCGUGGAGGCGCUGAAGGAGGCGGGGCCCGUUGUCAGGUUGUACGUCCUGCGGAGACGCCCACCAAGUGAACGCAUCACACAGAUCAAACUCAUGAAAGGACCUAAAGGUUUAGGUUUCAGUAUAGCAGGCGGUGUGGGGAACCAACACGUUCCUGGAGACAACAGCAUCUACGUCACCAAGAUCAUUGAUGGCGGAGCGGCACACCGAGAUGGACGGCUACAGAUUGGAGACAAGAUCCUGGCGGUGAACCACAUGUCUCUGGAGAACGUCCUGCACGAAGACGCCGUCUCGGCCCUUAAGAACACGGGGGAGGUGGUCUAUCUGAAGGUGGCCACACCCACCUCGCAGUACAUCAACCAAGUUGAUCGAUACAGCCCGCCUGACCUCACCAGCUCCUACAUGGAACCGGACUACAUGUGUGAUUACCCACAAGUCCUUCCUCCUCCGUCACCACGGCGGUACUCCCCCAUCCCCCGUGGCAUGAUGGGAGAGGACGAAUACUCCCGGGAGCCCCGGAGAGUCUGCAUUCAGCGCGGGUCCAGCGGUCUGGGCUUCAACAUUGUCGGUGGGGAGGACGGGGAAGGGAUCUUCAUCUCCUUCAUCCUCGCAGGGGGACCAGCAGACCUGAGCGGAGACCUCCGUAAGGGAGACCAGAUCAUCAGUGUGAACGGUGUGGACCUCAGGUACGCCACACACGAACAGGCCGCAGCAGCGCUGAAGAACGCCGGACAGACUGUUACCAUAGUAGCACAGUACAGGCCCGAGGAGUACAGCCGCUUUGAAGCUAAGAUCCACGAUCUGCGGGAGCAGAUGAUGAACAGCUCGUCUGGCAGUCUGAGGGCCACCCGAACCUUCUACGUCAGGGCGCUGUUCGACUAUGAUAAGCAGUGGGACUGUGGCGUCCUGUCUCAAGCUCUGGACUUCAACUUCGGGGAGGUUCUCCAUGUGAUUGACAGCGCUGAUGAUGAGUGGUGGCAAGCCAGACGAAUCAACCAGCAGGGAGAGCUGGAGGAGCUGGGAUACAUCCCAUCCAAACACAGAGUGGAGAGGAAGGAGUGGUCACGGAUGAAGAGUAAAGGUAGAGAAGGCUUCGUACACAGCUACGAGCUCGUCACUCAGAUUGAAGUGGACUACGCUCGACCUGUCAUCAUCCUGGGGCCGACCAAAGACCGGGUCAACGACGACCUGCUGUCUGACUUCCCCGACAAGUUUGGCUCCUGCGUCCCUCACACGACCCGCCCUCGCCGGGACUACGAGGUCGAUGGGCGGGACUACCAUUUUGUGUCGUCGCGGGAACAGAUGGAGCGGGACAUCCAGUCGCACCGCUUCAUCGAGGCGGGGCAGUACAACAACCACCUGUAUGGGACAUCCGUGCAGAGCGUCAGACAGGUGGCCGAGCAGGGGAAGCACUGUAUCCUGGACGUGUCGGCCAAUGCAGUGAGGCGGCUUCAGGCCGCUCAACUCCAGCCUAUUGCCAUUUUCAUCCGACCACGAUCCCUGGAGAACAUCCUGGAUCUGAACAAGCGUCUGUCGGAGGAUCAGGCGAGGAAAGCUCUGGAUCGAGCCAUCAAGCUGGAACAAGACUUCCUGGAGUGUUUCACAGCCAUCGUCCAUGGCGACAGCUUCGACGAGGUUUACCACCAGGUCAAGCUGGUGAUUGAGGAGCAGAGCGGCCCCUACAUCUGGGUCCUCACACGAGACCGGCUCUGAUCACAUACUGCCAGCUGAGGGCUCGGUCUUCAGGGGAACCACCGUCAGCAUCACCACUCCCCCUCCUCCUCAUCCUCCUCUCCCCCUUCUUCCUCCUCCUCCUCCUCUUUCUCAUCUUCCUCUCGGGGGAGCGACCUGACGCGGAUCAGGUUUAUCUUUUUGUCAUUUUUCUUUUCUUUCUACACAACAGCAAUCAGCGAGCUCGGUGGUUGCAUGAAUGCCGUAUCCAUGGCAACCAUGAAAAUGUGUUUUGGUUGGAGGAGUGCAGACCAGAGUGGAGUCCCUCCACCUGUCAGAGACUGAUUGAGUGAUUGAUUGAUUAUGUGUUGAUUAAUAAUCCCGUAUUAUCAGUAAAUAACCAAUCAGACUGUAGAGUUGAGUCAAUAUCCCAGUAUUUAUAAUUCCCUAUUUAUUUAUUGAUCAAUCUAUUUAUUUAAUCAUUUAUUUAUGUGACGUGAAGAUGGUGUGCAUGUGUGUGCGUGAGUGUGUGAGUGUGUGUGUGUGUGUGUGAGUGUGUGUGUGUGUGUGUGCGUUUGUGUGUAGUGUACAUAAAGACUUGUGUGGCUGUAAAUAAAACGAUGGGGCUCAAACACACAGUCUAUUCAGGGCUUGAAGUUAUCAACCAGUGGACUAGAACACGCAUAAUCUUCUUCACUUUGGACUAAAACUCCCACAAUCCCCUUCUGCUUGGACUACAAUGUCCUGCUUCCUUCUUCUGUGUGGACCACUAAACCCACAAUCCUCUUGUGUUUGAACUACAACAUGUAUAAUCUUAUUAAAUUUAGACUACAGAACCUUUAACCCAUACUUAUAUGAACUCCAGAACCCAUAAUCCUCCUAACCUGGACCUGGACUAUGACGGCAUCGUUUCCCUUAAGUCUCGACUAUAACUCCAACAUUCCCCUACGUCCUGGACCACGAUAACCUUCGUACUGGAUUACGUGACCCAUAAACCUUUUCUGCCAUUAUGAACUCAAUUUUUCUGGACUUCAUCUCCCACAAUCCUACUCUGUUCAGUUUGAACAUUUUUGAUGGCGUUGAACAAUUGCUGCUCUUCAUUUGUAAACUAAACUGAAACUUCCAUUUUUGAGGAAAAAAAGCUGUGGACUACAUUUCCCAGAGUUCCCAGAAGUACACUUCAAAGAAAUACCUUCAGCACAGAAGGACUACAGUGCCCACAAGUCCCAGCUGAAUUCCCUUGUUCUGGUCCGCAGUACCCAUGAGUCAAUGCUCUUUCAGGUGGUGCGGAGACUACGUGGAACUUUCUUUGGGGUGGAGCUUUGACUUUAUCCUCUCAACCCGCCUGGGAGGAAUGGGCGGCGGCCUGGAGGCCUGUGCCCACACAACAGGACUCUGUUACCCAUGGUGCUUUGGGCCUGGUCCAGCUGGGACUGACGGCGGAUCCCUCUUGACCGCUGGUUCUGGUGGGUUUUCAGACUGAACAUCAGGGUCGUGUGAAUAAUCCUAAAUAUUAUUAUAAAGAGAACAAAUGUUAUUAUUGAUGAUGUGACAUCAUCACACACGUUCACUUAGUGGGGUCACCUGACGUGGUGUUGUUUUGCGAGCACUGACAGAGACACUUGAUCAUAUCAGAGUAUUGAUUAACCCGUGACACUCUCACCUGGCUCAGACCGGGCUGUUGGUUUGAGGGCUGGCUUGUUGUAUAAUGAAAUAAAUUAGUUAUAAAAGAGAACAACUAUUGAAAUAAAUUCCUUAUGAAA